UCACAUCAAAUUUUGAUUUCUGAGGCUAGCAAGUAGCAACUUGAUUUGUUUUAGAUUUUGAUCAAUAUCCUUUCUUUUCUUUCUAUGCUGAGCUUUUAGUGUUCACUCAAAAUAGUUGCCAUCAUAAUAUGAUAUUAAGAACUUAUUAUUUAAGAUUAUGAUGUAUUUUUUUUUUUUCUUUUCCUCCUUUCUUCUGCAUGGAGCUCUUGUCUUACACACAGUUACUGAACCUUUGGUGUUUAUUCAGAAUGGGGAUUGAUAGAAAGGAUGUAAGAAUUGUAUGCCACUUCAAUAUUCCCAAGUCAAUGGAAGGAUUUUAUCAAGAGUCAGGCAGAGCAGGUCGUGAUCAACUGCCCUGUACAAGUCUGCUGUACUACGGGGUAGAUGAUCGCAAAAGAAUGGAAUUCAUAUUAAGAAAUUCAGGAAGCAAGAAAUCCCAAUCAUCUACUUCACAGGAAGAAUCAUCAAAAAAGUCAAUGGCUGACUUUACCCAGAUGGUUGAAUAUUGUGAAGGAUCUGGAUGUCGUAGGAAAAGGAUUCUCGAGAGUUUUGGGGAGAAGGUUACUGCAUCCCUGUGUGAAAAAACAUGUGAUGCUUGCAGACAUCCAAACUUAGUUGCCCGAAAUUUGGAGGAUCUGACAACUGCCAUUGCUCUGCGCCAGAAAGGCGGUUCUUCUCGAAUUUUCAUCACCAGUUCUUCUGAUGCAAUCAACGGAGAACAGUUAUCUGAAUUCUGGAAUCGUGGUGAUGAAGCAAUUGGCUCAGAUGAUGAUAUAUCUGACUCCGAUGAUGGUAAUGAGGUUGUCAACAACCUAACCAAGUCAAAGCUUCAUUCUAGAGUGGGAGUAAAUGAAAAGCUUGCUAUGUUAGAACGUGCAGAAGAAAACUUCUAUCGAAAUGAGAAAGCUAAGAAACAGAGUAAAGUUGACAAGAAUGCUAUUUCUGAUGCAAUGCGAGAAUCAAGCAGGCAAAGAUUACAAAAUGCUCUGAAACAGGCUCAGCAGCGACUUGACAACUUAAAGAUUGAGUUGGAGACAUCAGCAUCUUUCCUUGAAGAUGAAUGCUACAAGAAAUAUAGCAAAACUGGCAAAUCAUUCUAUUAUUCACAAGUGGCGAGCACGGUUAGGUGGCUGGCAACGACAAGUUCUGUUGAUAUGUUGAACCGACUUGGCACAAUGAAGGAAUCUACAUCAAUGGAUGCUGUUCCUGAAGCUGAAGGUCGCACCCCACCACAUGCUAUAGAUCAUUCUGGAAAGGAAGGUACAAGUAAUGAACUCUCGGGCAAUGCUCAGUCAGAAAUUUUGCCUUGCGGUGACAGGGGCAUGCCAGUAGAAAGUUCUUCCGUUAAUACAAAGCUGCCACAGAUUCCGUCGUUCUAUGAAUUUGUUAAUAGUAGGAAAACAAAAGGUGACCAAUUAGAUGACACAAAAAAGAACUCAUCUAGAGUAGAAAAGAAAAUGAGAGUACAGUAGAUUGACGCUUGUAGUUACUAUUGGUCUUGAUUAUAGUCACAAAAAUGUGUCAAAUGCCAACUAUUGUUGUCGCAAAGAAAGUUAGAAUUUUGGUUUCAAUCAUUUUCGAGCUCUUGUUUGAAAAUGGAUGUUAAAAUUCCAUUCGAGUCUUUAAACCACCCUUGAAGCAGCUUUUUUGUUGGGGUUAAGCUUUGCAAAGAGCUUGUCAAGAGAAAUAAUCCAUGUUCCUUUCCAUUAUAGAAAAACUACAUGGA